GUGACUAGUGAUACCGACCAAAGACACAUUUUCAUACUUUUUAGUUUACACACAGCAGGGUUGGCUGCAUAGGUGCUCCUCGUUGGCUCAGCUCAGCUCCUCUGUGGUCCAGCAGGCCCAAACGGCUCAUGCCCACCAAAUGCAGAAGCGUGUGGGAGCUGUGUGGUUUACGACUCUCACGAAUGCUCAGGUCACACUUUGUCCUGAAGCGUGCCGGUUUCCCAUGAGAUCCCCUGGUCUAGGUGUCACCCCUGCUCCCAGAGCUUCUCAGACCCAGAGGUGACCAUCAGGGGUGAUAUCUCACACCUCCCACCACAUAUAUGGAGCAGCCUCCUUACUCCUUCUCAUUAUCCUGCUCACACCGUUCCUGCAGCACACUUACAGCUCUCUAGACUUGACCACAGACCGGCAGAUGAAGAUGUCCUACUGCUCUCCACUCCAGCUCCAGGAGAGCUCUCUGAUGUUUGAUUGUGAGUCUCCUAUGAAGAAAUCUGAGACUCACAAUCCAUCUUCUGAUCCUGGUUAUGCCAGCGCCAGCAGCAGCCUGUCUCCCACAUCCUCGGUGGACUCCUUCUGCUUCUCUCCCUCUUCCCUUCACCAGGCUUUAGGAAAUGAACAAGAUGCCUUGAGCAGCUUCUUCUUCUGCUGUUCAGAGGAACCUCCUCCUGCUCAGCAGACUCUACGCUCCUCCAGAUCCACCUCUGCACCAGCAGUUCCAUUAAAGAAGUCCAGGUCCAGGUAUCCUGGUGACAAACGCCAGACUGCCAGUGAGAGGGAGAAGCUGAGGAUGAGGGAUCUGACCAGAGCUCUGAAACAUCUCAGAACAUACCUUCCACCCUCUGUGGCUCCACCGGGACAGAACCUAACCAAGAUCGAGACGCUGCACCUCACCAUCCGAUACAUCUCCUACCUGUCUGAGCAGCUGGGCCUCAGCGAGGAGGUGCUGCAGCAGAGGAGGUCAUUUGGCUAUGUGGAGAAGGUCCAAACCCUCAACCAGUUCCUGGGUCACCAACCGUCAGGAAGCUACAGUUCACAGGAGCUCAGAGAUGACUCUGUGAACGCUGAGCAGCAUUCCUAUCAGAGAUCCAUCCUGGCUGCUUCAGGAACAACCAGAACCUGUCAUCUUCAGAGGACAGUGUUAAAGAACAGUCCAGUCUCAAACCAGUCCACGAUCUUUCCCACAAAACGAAACCUUAAGUUAAUAUAUGAGCCGAACUCUACAAAAAAUAAACACUAUUUAUCCUUCAACCUGUCCUGUUUGCUCAUCCUCCACACGACGCUGCAGCUGUCAGCAGGACGUGCUAACCAGGCAGCUGAAAGACCCCCGCUGGGAGGGGUGACAGCUGACCUGCUGCCAGCGGUCACCUCCACUUCCUGUGUGAACCGUUCACACUUGAGUGAGAAAGUGGGACUGAAGCGUGCUUUAUACAAGCUGCAGGUAUAA